AUGCCGCUGGGUGGAGAAGGUACCCACGGUCGUGUGGAUCGUAAGGAGGGGAUGUAUUUUGGUCCAGAGCACCCCGACGAUCAUCGCCACACUGGAAUGCCUCUUCAUGGCAAGAACCAGUUCCCGGACGCCACUAUUCCUGCCAUGCGUCCUACUAUCUUGCAGUACAUCGAUGAGAUAGUUGCGCUAGGCACGCUCGUCUGCGCGGCGAUGUCGAUUUCGCUUGGCCUCGAUGCACAUUGUAUUCGUGACAAUUACUUGUUGCCAGAGCCCGUUGCACUAUUCCGGGCAUUCAAGUACUCUCCUCGCUCUGAGAGCCAGACGAACGGAGAAGUAUGGGGCAUUGGUGAACAUAGUGAUUUCGGUCUGCUGACCCUCCUCAACCACAACUCUCCCGGUCUGCAGAUUCUCUCUCCUAAAAAUGAAUGGGUAGACGUUCCAGUUCUGGAUAACGCCAUUGUUUGCAAUGCUGGCGAUAUGCUGGAUAUGAUCACAGGCGGGCGUUUCAAGAGUACGCGCCACCGUGUUGUACCGCCUCCUGCGGGAACAUAUCGCAUAUCGUUCCCCUUCUUUUUUGACUUUAGCUGGACUGCCAAUAUGGUUUACCUUCCUCUGGACCAUAUGGGGCCGCUAUCUGAAUUGCAGGAGGCGGAGGCCAAACAGCGCUGGGCUAGCGGAACCUUCAAGUCCGUCAGCGGGCAGUGGUGGCAGUACCUUGCAAAGAAGGUCCAGAAGGUCUUCCCGGAAAUGCAACUUCCAGAUUGCGAGCAGAAUGCCGCAGCUUCGAGCAGGUUCUGUAUCGCUGUACCGACGUGA